AUGUUUCGUGUGCAGCAGAAUUCAUUCGAUGAUGCUGUCGCUAAAGCGACGGAUGAGAAUCUGACGUCGGAGAAUUGGGAGUAUAUUCUGGAUGUCUGUGAUAAAGUGUCGUCGGAUAGCUCUGGUGCGAAAGAUGCCGUUGCUGCACUGAUACGAAGACUUGCGCAUCGAAAUGCGAAUGUUCAGCUUUAUACACUUGAGCUUGCGAACGCCCUGUCACAGAACUGCGGACAGAAGGUAUACCAGGAGCUGGCCUCUAAGAGCUUUACAGAUGCGCUUCUACGACUUGCAAACGAUAGGAAUACCCACCAGCAAGUAAAGUCGAAGAUACUAGAACACAUAGAGCAAUGGACGGAGAUGUUCUCUAGUAAUCCCGACCUAGGCAUCAUGGAACAAGCCUACCUUAAGCUCAAGUCUCAGAACCCAAACCUUCAACCCCCGUCCAAACCGACCAAGCGCGAAAUAACAGAGUUGGACAGACUAAAGGAGGAAGAAGAGCUGCAGAUGGCCCUUGCGCUAUCUGUCAAGGAUAAACAGCCCGCUACCGACCAGCAGCCCUCCAACAGCGGCGAGUCUUCCCAGCAAACCUCUGCGGCAGGUCCGUCAAAUACUACAUCUACAUCCCAGCCUACGCCCAUUGCAUCAGGCACCACCGCUGCAACCGUCUCUCGUGUUCGAGCACUAUACGAUUUCCAGCCUUCAGAGCCUGGCGAGCUUCAGUUCCGAAAGGGCGACGUUAUCGCUGUUCUGGAAUCGGUUUAUAAGGACUGGUGGAAGGGCUCUCUCCGCGGCCAGACCGGUAUCUUCCCUCUCAACUAUGUAGAGAAGCUCUCGGAUCCCACGCAAGAAGAACUUCAGCGCGAAGCACAGAUGGAAGCCGAGGUGUUUGCAGAGAUCAAGAAUGUCGAGAAAUUGCUCGCCCUUCUUAGCACGAGUAACUCGGAACUCAACGUGCAGGAGAACGAAGAGAUAACUACCCUCUACCAUUCGACCCUAGCUAUUCGGCCGAAGCUGAUUGAGUUGAUUGGCAAGUACUCCAAGAAGAAAGAUGACUUUACGCAAUUGAAUGAAAAGUUCAUCAAAGCUCGUCGAGACUAUGAGGCUCUGCUUGAAACCUCAAUGGCGCACCCUGGACAGCCACAAUUUGGCCGCCCCCCGCCCCAAGCUACCUAUGGAUACCCGCCUCCUGGGGUACAGCAGUAUCCUCCUGGCCCAUCGCAGCCUGAUCAGCGGUACUUUACUCCGCGUCCAGGAGCUCAAAAUGCCCCGCCCUCAAAUGACCCUUCGGCAUACUAUGGCGCUGGCGCUGAACAAUCCGGCCCACCAUACCCGUCUGCCGCGUCGCCCGAGAAUAGAAAUCGUACCCCUGUCCCAGGCCAGCAGGGUCAAGAUGCUUACAGCAACCCACAGACACAGUAUACCAUACAGACCAAGCUAGACCAGCCACAGGAACUUAGCACAUCGGCAUAUGACUCUCCCCAAACAGCCACCAACCCUAAUGCCAGACUCUCCUACCACGCACCAAUGCACGAAUCCCAGCCCUCCACAACCCACCCACAGCACUACCAACACCAGCAACCACCCGUCACCUACCCACCACCAGGCACCGCAUCUGCACCCGCACCUGACUUCAACAACCAACCUGUCCAGACUGUCCCUCCAGGUUCGAACCCUCAAUACCCCCCUCCACAAGACCAGUCACAGCAACAACCACAGCAUGGCCCCCCGCCAACCCACCAGCCUCCUUCAAUCCCACAGUCCACUUCCCCACAACCUGGCUACCCAAGCUACCCGGCGCCAGUUCCAUCUGCCCCCGGAGCUCCCACGGGCUACCAACCUUACCACCCCCAGCAACAACCUGGUGGACCAGCAAACCCUAACGCAAACCCCGGCCGAUACUACCGAUGA